AUGGCACCCACCGAGCAGAAGAUCUGGAUCGUCAACGAGAACCCCAUCGCCGAGGUGCAGCCUGACACGUUCAGGCUGGAGACCCGCCCUCUCCCAGCCCUCAAGGACGGCGAGGUGCUUGUGCAGGUCGAGUUUAUCUCAAACGACCCAGCUCAGCGCGGUUGGAUCCAGAAGGGUUCGGACCCGGAGCGCGCAUACGUCAAGCCCGUUCGGGCCGGCGAACCUAUGCGUGCAGGCGGUGUCGGCAAGGUCGUGGACAGCAAGAGCAGCAAGUGGAAGACCGGACAGCGGGUGUACGGAUACCUUGGCUGGGCCGACUAUGUCGUUCUUCCCGAGGCGUCCAUCAUGAUGGAGGCGAUUGACCUCCCAGGUGUCACCGCCGCCUCGCUCUCCGUGCUCGGCAUGGUUGCCGUCACGGCGUACCAGGGCAUCUUUGAGGUGCUGGACUGCAAGCCCGAGCACACUGUUCUUGUUUCAGGCGCUGCUGGCGCUGUUGGAUCCGCGGCUAUCCAGUACGCCAAACACGUCGUUGGUGCCAAGCGCGUUGUUGGUAUUGCUGGUGGACCGGAAAAGUGCCGCUGGGUCGAGAGCAUUGGCGCGGACGCUUGCGUCGAUUACAAGGACCCUAACUUUGCUGCCAACCUCAAGGAGGCACUGCAGGGAUACGCAGACCGCUACUUUGAGAAUGUUGGUGGCCAGGUGCUCAACGCCGCGUUCCGUGUUAUUAAGCGGUACGGCAAGAUUGGUAUCUGUGGCAUGAUCUCUGGCUACAACGGCAAGAUUGACCCCCUUCCGGGAUUCUUCGAGGUCAUCUCGAACCGCCUCACCAUUGAGGGCUUCCUCGUCCUCGACGUUGCACCGCGUUACGGCGAGAUCGUGCAGAAGAUUGCCGGGUGGGCAAAGGAGGGCAAGAUCAAGCUUGAUGAGAGCGAGACGGUCGUCCCCACCAAGAUCGACGACGUCCCCCAGACGUGGCAGCGCCUCUUCCGCGGCGAGAACCGUGGCAAGCUCGUCACCCAGCUGGUCGUGUAA